AUGUUUUGUGACAGUGAACUUUUUAAUGAAACGUAUAAUGUGUGGCGAAACGACCGUAACUACGAUCUCACUCGUCAAACAAAGGGUGGAGGUGUACUCAUUGCUGUUAAGAACACAAUACAUGCCCGGGGCAACCCGAGCUGGAGUUCAUCAGCUGAAGAUCUGUGGGUUACGUUAUUUAUACCUCGUACUCGAACAACCACAGCCACCCACAUUCACUUAUGUUCAGUCUACCUCUGUAAUCAGGCGGAAGGUAAUUCCUUUAAUGUUCAGUUAGCAAACUUUCAAAACCAGCUACUCACACUUAUUAACACCUACAAAGAUGACAAAUUUCUAGUACUAGGUGACUUCAAUCUAAGUGAAAUUCAGUGGGUUUCUUCAUCUUCUGAGGAUGGACUUAUUCCGCAUAAUCUAACCAAACAGAUUUACUUCGAUUUUGCUGAUAAUAUUAAUAUGUGUAGUUUGAAACAAUAUAAUCACGUAACAAACAAUAUCGGCCGUAUACUUGAUCUCGUACUUUCAAAUGACUCUGUAUCAGUAUUCCAGUGUGCUACUCCGCUUGUACCUGAGGACUCGCCUCACAAAGCUAUAUGUGUAGUGCCUUCCCUGGAUUUUAAGCCCUUAUCACCUCAAAAAACCGAAUUUUACUGUUUCAAGCGUGCCAACUACGACAAAAUCCGUAAAAUAUUGUCAGAGGUCGACUGGGAGGAAAUUGUCUGUUCAGGCGACAUUAAUGAAGCACUUGACUCUUUUUACAAAAUAAUAUAUAAAUUGCGAGAUGAGUUUGUCCCUAAAUGUAAGUCGCGCAAUGUUAAAUAUCCCCCGUGGUAUACUUCAUCUCUAAUCAGAAUGAUUAAAGAAAAAUUCAAAUUCUUUAGAAAGUUCAAAGUCUAUGGAAACAAAUCAGACGAAGCCUCUUUCAGAGUUCUCAGAGAACGUGUUGAUGCAACUGAAAGGGAAUGUUAUGAUAAUUAUAUGAACAACAUUGAGCAAUCCAUAUGUACUAAUCCCAAAAAAAUGUUUUCAUACGUCCUAGAUAGGCGUAAGCGUGGUACCAUUCCAUUCAUAAUGACAUUUGAAGACAAAAGUUGUACUAAAGGAGAUGAUAUUAGUGAGCUGUUCUCAGACUAUUUUUAUACUACUUUUUUAUCCAACUCAUCGCCUAGCUCUCAAAUGCCUCCACCAUCAUCAAAUCCGGCCUUUGAAUUGGGGAACCUAGAAGUCAGUUGCAAACAAGUAUAUGAACUCCUUAAGUCAUUAGAUCUGAAAAAAUCUUCAGGACCUGACCAUUUACCAGCUGAAUUUAUCGUGGCAUGUGCCUUCGAGCUGUCAUUACCAAUAUCAUUAUUGUUUAAGCGAUCCUUCAAUGAAGGUUUGGUUCCCCUCAAAUGGAAAACUGCUUAUGUCUCUCCAAUACAUAAAAAAGGUUCAAGGGAAAAUGUAGAAAAUUACAGGCCAAUAUCCAAACUUAGCUUAUUUGCAAAAGUUCUUGAGAGACUUGUGUUCACGCAAGUUUACAAAACAUUUAGUUCGGCUUUUGAUCAAUGUCAACAUGGAUUUUUAAAAGCACGCUCUACCGUCACAAACUUAGCAGUGCUAAAUGACUACAUAUCUGAACAAAUGGUACAGGGUAAUCAAGUUGAUGUUAUAUACAUGGACUAUACGAAAGCAUUCGACCGAAUUGACCAUUGUAUUCUUCUCAAAAAGCUUACAGCACUUGAUGAUAUGAAAAUUUUUGGUAUAGCAAAUAAUAAGACAGAUGCAUUACGCAUUCAAGAAGAUUUGUAUAGACUGGAUGACUAUUGUACCGUGUACAAAUUAGACCUAAAUGUAUCCAAAUGUUUCUACAUGCAUUACACUACUAAGCCUACCCCUUUCCCUCAUACGUAUAUUUUAAAACAGGAACCUCUAUCUGUGGUAAACGAAACAAAUGAUCUAGGUGUUUUCCAUGAUAGCAAAAUAACUUUCGUACCACAUAUUGAUCAGGCUAUCAUUAAAGCGUCUAAAGCACUAGGUUUCAUAAUACGUACAGCCAAACCUUUCAAAAGAAUUGAAGAGUUUUGUUACUUUGGCAUGGAUCCCAUAGAGAAACUCAGGAGUAAUUUGGAGAAUAUCCCUAAGCGCAUCAGAACCCUGGAUGAGCUAGAGUUGGCAGUGAAAGUAACCACGGAUGGCAUCACUGACGCCUACGAGGCUAGCUGCCCUCUCUCCUAA